GAGCUGGUCUUGAUGGAACGUCGUGACGGCGGCGUGGCUCUGCUCACGCUGAAUCGGCCCAAAGCGCUGAAUGCUCUCUCGGAUGGCCUCAUGCGGGCGCUCGCAGAGAAACUCCAGCAGGUUGAUGCCGAUUCAGCGCUGAAGGCGGCUGUGGUGACUGGCACAGGCAAAGCCUUCGCUGCUGGUGCGGACAUCAAG